AUGAGACGUUUACAAGGAGUCUUUACGUUGACUUGUUGUAAGACUUUGCUCUCCACUUCACGACGUUCCUUCAAGUCGGAUGGCACACCGUACAACAGUGAAAUGACGCAUUCUUUUCAUGGAAACGAAUACGUGCGGAAGGGUACAACAGAAGCCAUAGUGGAAGGUGUAGCCGCGGGACAAUACGCAGAGCACAAACCUCGAGCCAUUAUGUUUGUAAAUAAACGGCCAGUUGAGAUUAUUCCACAGGAGGAAAAUUUGCUGGAAGUACUUGAACGGGAAGGUAUUCGCGUACCGAAGUUUUGUUAUCAUCCUAUUCUUUCAGUGGCGGGAAAUUGUCGGAUGUGUCUUGUUCAAGUAGAUGGUACACAAAAUCUUGUGGUUUCUUGUUCUACUGUAGCACUGCCUGGUAUGUCAAUUAUCACUGAUAGUCGUUUGGUACGUGAUGCCCGUGAAGGAAAUGUUGAACUAAUUCUUAUUAAUCACCCAAAUGAUUGUCCUAUUUGCGAACAAGCAACAAAUUGUGAUCUUCAGAACAUCAGUAUGAAUUAUGGUACAGAUAUACCUCGAUACAGAGAGGAUAAACGUGCUGUUCAGGAUUUUUACUUUGAUCCUCAGACACGUGUUGUGCUUAACCGUUGUAUUCACUGUACUAGAUGUGUGCGAUUUCUAAAUGAGCAUGCUCAGGAUUUUAAUUUAGGAAUGAUUGGUCGUGGGGGUCUUAGCGAAAUAAGUACUUUUUUGGAUGAAUUAGAGGUAAAAACAGACAAUAAUAUGCCGGUAUCACAGCUGUGUCCAGUAGGAAAAUUAUACCUCGGUGAUGCUGAAGAGAACAAUUCUUUAGCUGAUGAACUCGAUGCGUCUGAGGAGAAAGUGUUUGCUGUAACCGCCUAG